AUGUAUAUCUUCCCGAAAAAUCUGGUCAUUGAAUUUUAUCAAGAGCUCUCGGUCCCCACCGCUGUUCGUUACGAAGAUGGUGCAGUAUUUCAGAGCCACACCGUUUCCGUCAGUGCAAUGGAGCCCUGGCACCAAAACAUCCUGGGUGAACUGGUCGAGUGGAUCGGCCCGGAGGUUUUCCACGGCGAUUUCGUCGACACCGAACACAUUCCGUCCGAGUCAUGCCAAUCAAUUUCAAUCGGCAGGUGUCCAGUAGACCUGGACGACUGUCGGAACAUUCCACCCGAUAUUCUGUGA